CUGGUUGUCCGAUAUGGCCUGGAGAUUUUGAAUCACUAUAUAAGAUCUGGUUGUCCGAUAUGGCCUGGAGAUUUUGAAUCACUAUAUAAGUAUGAAACAUUCAAUAACGGCUACAAAGAAUCACUAUCAGGAUCUGGUUGUCCGAUAUGGCCUGGAGAUUUUGAAUCACUAUAUAAGUAUGAAACAUAUAAUAACAGCUACAAAGAAUCACUAUCAGGAUCUGGUUGUCCGAUAUGGCCUGGAGAUUUUGAAUUACUAUAUAAGUAUGAAACAUUCAAUAACAGAUACAAAGAAUCACUAUCAGGAUCUGGUUGUCCGAUAUGGCCUGGAGAUUUUGAAUUACUAUAUAAGUAUGAAACAUAUAAUAACAGCUACAAAGAAUCACUAUCAGGAUCUGGUUGUCCGAUAUGGCCUGGAGAUUUUGAAUUACUAUAUAAGUAUGAAACAUUCAAUAACGGCUACAAAGAAUCACUAUCAGGAUCUGGUUGUCCGAUAUGGCCUGGAGAUUUUGAAUUACUACAUAAGUAUGAAACAUUCAAUAACGGCUACAAAGAAUCACUAUCAGGAUCUGGUUGUCCGAUAUGGCCUGGAGAUUUUGAAUUACUAUAUAAGUAUGAAACAUAUAAUAACAGCUACAAAGAAUCACUAUCAGGAUCUGGUUGUCCGAUAUGGCCUGGAGAUUUUGAAUUACUAUAUAAGUAUGAAACAUAUAAUAACAGCUACAAAGAAUCACUAUCAGGAUCUGGUUGUCCGAUAUGGCCUGGAGAUUUUGAAUUACUAUAUAAGUAUGAAACAUUCAAUAACGGCUACAAAGAAUCACUAUCAGGAUCUGGUUGUCCGAUAUGGCCUGGAGAUUUUGAAUUACUAUAUAAGUAUGAAACAUUCAAUAACGGCUACAAAGAAUCACUAUCAGGAUCUUGUUGUCCGAUAUGGCCUGGAGAUUUUGAAUUACUAUAUAAGUAUGAAACAUAUAAUAACAGCUACAAAGAAUCACUAUCAGGAUCUGGUUGUCCGAUAUGGCCUGGAGAUUUUGAAUUACUAUAUAAGUAUGAAACAUAUAAUAACAGCUACAAAGAAUCACUAUCAGGAUCUGGUUGUCCGAUAUGGCCUGGAGAUUUUGAAUUACUAUAUAAGUAUGAAACAUUCAAUAACGGCUACAAAGAAUCACUAUCAGGAUCUGGUUGUCCGAUAUGGCCUGGAGAUUUUGAAUUACUACAUAACUACAAAGAAUCACUAUCAGGAUCUGGUUGUCCGAUAUGGCCUGGAGAUUUUGAAUUACUAUAUAAGUAUGAAACAUAUAAUAACAGCUACAAAGAAUCACUAUCAGGAUCUGGUUGUCCGAUAUGGCCUGGAGAUUUUGAAUUACUAUAUAAGUAUGAAACAUUCAAUAACGGCUACAAAGAAUCACUAUCAGGAUCUGGUUGUCCGAUAUGGCCUGGAGAUUUUGAAUUACUAUAUAAGUAUGAAACAUUCAAUAACGGCUACAAAGAAUCACUAUCAGGAUCUGGUUGUCCGAUAUGGCCUGGAGAUUUUGAAUUACUAUAUAAGUAUGAAACAUAUAAUAACAGCUACAAAGAAUCACUAUCAGGAUCUGGUUGUCCGAUAUGGCCUGGAGAUUUUGAAUUACUAUAUAAGUAUGAAACAUAUAAUAACAGCUACAAAGAAUCACUAUCAGGAUCUGGUUGUCCGAUAUGGCCUGGAGAUUUUGAAUUACUAUAUAAGUAUGAAACAUAUAAUAACAGCUACAAAGAAUCACUAUCAGGAUCUGGUUGUCCGAUAUGGCCUGGAGAUUUUGAAUUACUAUAUAAGUAUGAAACAUAUAAUAACAGCUACAAAGAAUCACUAUCAGGGUCUGGUUGUCCGAUAUGGCCUGGAGAUUUUGAAUUACUAUAUAAGUAUGAAACAUAUAAUAACAGCUACAAAGAAUCACUAUCAGGAUCUGGUUGUCCGAUAUGGCCUGGAGAUUUUGAAUUACUAUAUAAGUAUGAAACAUUCAAUAACGGCUACAAAGAAUCACUAUCAGGAUCUGGUUGUCCGAUAUGGCCUGGAGAUUUUGAAUUACUAUAUAAGUAUGAAACAUAUAAUAACAGCUACAAAGAAUCACUAUCAGGAUCUGGUUGUCCGAUAUGGCCUGGAGAUUUUGAAUUACUAUAUAAGUAUGAAACAUAUAAUAACAGCUACAAAGAAUCACUAUCAGGAUCUGGUUGUCCGAUAUGGCCUGGAGAUUUUGAAUUACUAUAUAAGUAUGAAACAUUCAAUAACGGCUACAAAGAAUCACUAUCAGGAUCUGGUUGUCCGAUAUGGCCUGGAGAUUUUGAAUUACUAUAUAAGUAUGAAACAUAUAAUAACAGCUACAAAGAAUCACUAUCAGGAUCUGGUUGUCCGAUAUGGCCUGGAGAUUUUGAAUUACUAUAUAAGUAUGAAACAUAUAAUAACAGCUACAAAGAAUCACUAUCAGGAUCUGGUUGUCCGAUAUGGCCUGGAGAUUUUGAAUUACUAUAUAAGUAUGAAACAUAUAAUAACAGCUACAAAGAAUCACUAUCAGGAUCUGGUUGUCCGAUAUGGCCUGGAGAUUUUGAAUUACUAUAUAAGUAUGAAACAUUCAAUAACGGCUACAAAGAAUCACUGUCAGGAUCUGGUUGUCCGAUAUGGCCUGGAGAUUUUGAAUUACUAUAUAAGUAUGAAACAUAUAAUAACAGCUACAAAGAAUCACUAUCAGGAUCUGGUUGUCCGAUAUGGCCUGGAGAUUUUGAAUUACUAUAUAAGUAUGAAACAUUCAAUAACAGCUACAAAGAAUCACUAUCAGGAUCUGGUUGUCCGAUAUGGCCUGGAGAUUUUGAAUUACUAUAUAAGUAUGAAACAUUCAAUAACGGCUACAAAGAAUCAUUAUCAGGAUCUGGUUGUCCGAUAUGGCCUGGAGAUUUUGAAUUACUAUAUAAGUAUGAAACAUUCAAUAACGGCUACAAAGAAUCACUAUCAGGAUCUGGUUGUCCGAUAUGGCCUGGAGAUUUUGAAUUACUAUAUAAGUAUGAAACAUUCAAUAACGGCUACAAAGAAUCACUAUCAGGAUCUGGUUGUCCGAUAUGGCCUGGAGAUUUUGAAUUACUAUAUAAGUAUGAAACAUAUAAUAACAGCUACAAAGAAUCACUAUCAGGAUCUGGUUGUCCGAUAUGGCCUGGAGAUUUUGAAUUACUAUAUAAGUAUGAAACAUAUAAUAACAGCUACAAAGAAUCACUAUCAGGAUCUGGUUGUCCGAUAUGGCCUGGAGAUUUUGAAUUACUAUAUAAGUAUGAAACAUUCAAUAACAGCUACAAAGAAUCACUAUCAGGAUCUGGUUGUCCGAUAUGGCCUGGAGAUUUUGAAUUACUAUAUAAGUAUGAAACAUUCAAUAACGGCUACAAAGAAUCACUAUCAGGAUCUGGUUGUCCGAUAUGGCCUGGAGAUUUUGAAUUACUAUAUAAGUAUGAAACAUUCAAUAACGGCUACAAAGAAUCACUAUCAGGAUCUGGUUGUCCGAUAUGGCCUGGAGAUUUUGAAUUACUAUAUAAGUAUGAAACAUAUAAUAACAGCUACAAAGAAUCACUAUCAGGAUCUGGUUGUCCGAUAUGGCCUGGAGAUUUUGAAUUACUAUAUAAGUAUGAAACAUUCAAUAACAGCUACAAAGAAUCACUAUCAGGAUCUGGUUGUCCGAUAUGGCCUGGAGAUUUUGAAUUACUAUAUAAGUAUGAAACAUUCAAUAACGGCUACAAAGAAUCACUAUCAGGAUCUGGUUGUCCGAUAUGGCCUGGAGAUUUUGAAUUACUAUAUAAGUAUGAAACAUAUAAUAACAGCUACAAAGAAUCACUAUCAGGAUCUGGUUGUCCGAUAUGGCCUGGAGAUUUUGAAUUACUAUAUAAGUAUGAAACAUUCAAUAACGGCUACAAAGAAUCACUAUCAGGAUCUGGUUGUCCGAUAUGGCCUGGAGAUUUUGAAUUACUAUAUAAGUAUGAAACAUUCAAUAACGGCUACAAAGAAUCACUAUCAGGAUCUGGUUGUCCGAUAUGGCCUGGAGAUUUUGAAUUACUAUAUAAGUAUGAAACAUUCAAUAACGGCUACAAAGAAUCACUAUCAGGAUCUGGUUGUCCGAUAUGGCCUGGAGAUUUUGAAUUACUAUAUAAGUAUGAAACAUAUAAUAACAGCUACAAAGAAUCACUAUCAGGAUCUGGUUGUCCGAUAUGGCCUGGAGAUUUUGAAUUACUAUAUAAGUAUGAAACAUAUAAUAACAGCUACAAAGAAUCACUAUCAGGAUCUGGUUGUCCGAUAUGGCCUGGAGAUUUUGAAUUACUAUAUAAGUAUGAAACAUUCAAUAACAGCUACAAAGAAUCACUAUCAGGAUCUGGUUGUCCGAUAUGGCCUGGAGAUUUUGAAUUACUAUAUAAGUAUGAAACAUUCAAUAACGGCUACAAAGAAUCACUAUCAGGAUCUGGUUGUCCGAUAUGGCCUGGAGAUUUUGAAUUACUAUAUAAGUAUGAAACAUUCAAUAACGGCUACAAAGAAUCACUAUCAGGAUCUGGUUGUCCGAUAUGGCCUGGAGAUUUUGAAUUACUAUAUAAGUAUGAAACAUUCAAUAACGGCUACAAAGAAUCACUAUCAGGAUCUGGUUGUCCGAUAUGGCCUGGAGAUUUUGAAUUACUAUAUAAGUAUGAAACAUAUAAUAACAGCUACAAAGAAUCACUAUCAGGAUCUGGUUGUCCGAUAUGGCCUGGAGAUUUUGAAUUACUAUAUAAGUAUGAAACAUUCAAUAACGGCUACAAAGAAUCACUAUCAGGAUCUGGUUGUCCGAUAUGGCCUGGAGAUUUUGAAUUACUAUAUAAGUAUGAAACAUAUAAUAACAGCUACAAAGAAUCACUAUCAGGAUCUGGUUGUCCGAUAUGGCCUGGAGAUUUUGAAUUACUAUAUAAGUAUGAAACAUAUAAUAACAGCUACAAAGAAUCACUAUCAGGAUCUGGUUGUCCGAUAUGGCCUGGAGAUUUUGAAUUACUAUAUAAGUAUGAAACAUUCAAUAACGGCUACAAAGAAUCACUAUCAGGAUCUGGUUGUCCGAUAUGGCCUGGAGAUUUUGAAUUACUAUAUAAGUAUGAAACAUAUAAUAACAGCUACAAAGAAUCACUAUCAGGAUCUGGUUGUCCGAUAUGGCCUGGAGAUUUUGAAUUACUAUAUAAGUAUGAAACAUAUAAUAACAGCUACAAAGAAUCACUAUCAGGAUCUGGUUGUCCGAUAUGGCCUGGAGAUUUUGAAUUACUAUAUAAGUAUGAAACAUUCAAUAACGGCUACAAAGAAUCACUAUCAGGAUCUGGUUGUCCGAUAUGGCCUGGAGAUUUUGAAUUACUAUAUAAGUAUGAAACAUUCAAUAACGGCUACAAAGAAUCACUAUCAGGAUCUGGUUGUCCGAUAUGGCCUGGAGAUUUUGAAUUACUAUAUAAGUAUGAAACAUAUAAUAACAGCUACAAAGAAUCACUAUCAGGAUCUGGUUGUCCGAUAUGGCCUGGAGAUUUUGAAUUACUAUAUAAGUAUGAAACAUAUAAUAACAGCUACAAAGAAUCACUAUCAGGAUCUGGUUGUCCGAUAUGGCCUGGAGAUUUUGAAUUACUAUAUAAGUAUGAAACAUUCAAUAACGGCUACAAAGAAUCACUAUCAGGAUCUGGUUGUCCGAUAUGGCCUGGAGAUUUUGAAUUACUAUAUAAGUAUGAAACAUUCAAUAACGGCUACAAAGAAUCACUAUCAGGAUCUGGUUGUCCGAUAUGGCCUGGAGAUUUUGAAUUACUAUAUAAGUAUGAAACAUUCAAUAACGGCUACAAAGAAUCACUAUCAGGAUCUGGUUGUCCGAUAUGGCCUGGAGAUUUUGAAUUACUAUAUAAGUAUGAAACAUUCAAUAACGGCUACAAAGAAUCACUAUCAGGAUCUGGUUGUCCGAUAUGGCCUGGAGAUUUUGAAUUACUAUAUAAGUAUGAAACAUUCAAUAACGGCUACAAAGAAUCACUAUCAGGAUCUGGUUGUCCGAUAUGGCCUGGAGAUUUUGAAUUACUAUAUAAGUAUGAAACAUUCAAUAACGGCUACAAAGAAUCACUAUCAGGAUCUGGUUGUCCGAUAUGGCCUGGAGAUUUUGAAUUACUAUAUAAGUAUGAAACAUUCAAUAACGGCUACAAAGAAUCACUAUCAGGAUCUGGUUGUCCGAUAUGGCCUGGAGAUUUUGAAUUACUAUAUAAGUAUGAAACAUAUAAUAACGGCUACAAAGAAUCACUAUCAGGAUCUGGUUGUCCGAUAUGGCCUGGAGAUUUUGAAUUACUAUAUAAGUAUGAAACAUAUAAUAACGGCUACAAAGAAUCACUAUCAGGAUCUGGUUGUCCGAUAUGGCCUGGAGAUUUUGAAUUACUAUAUAAGUAUGAAACAUUCAAUAACGGCUACAAAGAAUCACUAUCAGGAUCUGGUUGUCCGAUAUGGCCUGGAGAUUUUGAAUUACUAUAUAAGUAUGAAACAUAUAAUAACAGCUACAAAGAAUCACUAUCAGGAUCUGGUUGUCCGAUAUGGCCUGGAGAUUUUGAAUUACUAUAUAAGUAUGAAACAUUCAAUAACGGCUACAAAGAAUCACUAUCAGGAUCUGGUUGUCCGAUAUGGCCUGGAGAUUUUGAAUUACUAUAUAAGUAUGAAACAUAUAAUAACAGCUACAAAGAAUCACUAUCAGGAUCUGGUUGUCCGAUAUGGCCUGGAGAUUUUGAAUUACUAUAUAAGUAUGAAACAUAUAAUAACAGCUACAAAGAAUCACUAUCAGGAUCUGGUUGUCCGAUAUGGCCUGGAGAUUUUGAAUUACUAUAUAAGUAUGAAACAUAUAAUAACAGCUACAAAGAAUCACUAUCAGGAUCUGGUUGUCCGAUAUGGCCUGGAGAUUUUGAAUUACUAUAUAAGUAUGAAACAUUCAAUAACGGCUACAAAGAAUCACUAUCAGGAUCUGGUUGUCCGAUAUGGCCUGGAGAUUUUGAAUUACUAUAUAAGUAUGAAACAUAUAAUAAGAGCUACAAAGAAUCACUAUUAGGAUCUGGUUGUCCGAUAUGGCCUGGAGAUUUUGAAUUACUAUAUAACUACAAAGAAUCACUAUCAGGAUCUGGUUGUCCGAUAUGGCCUGGAGAUUUUGAAUUACUAUAUAAGUAUGAAACAUUCAAUAACGGCUACAAAGAAUCACUAUCAGGAUCUGGUUUUCCGAUAUGGCCUGGAGAUUUUGAAUUACUAUAUAAGUAUGAAACAUAUAAUAACAGCUACAAAGAAUCACUAUCAGGAUCUGGUUGUCCGAUAUGGCCUGGAGAUUUUGAAUUACUAUAUAAGUAUGAAACAUAUAAUAACAGCUACAAAGAAUCACUAUCAGGAUCUGGUUGUCCGAUAUGGCCUGGAGAUUUUGAAUUACUAUAUAAGUAUGAAACAUUCAAUAGCGGCUACAAAGACUCACUAUCAGGAUCUGGUUGUCCGAUAUGGCCUGGAGAUUUUGAAUUACUAUAUAAGUAUGAAACAUAUAAUAACAGCUACAAAGAAUCACUAUCAGGAUCUGGUUGUCCGAUAUGGCCUGGAGAUUUUGAAUUACUAUAUAAGUAUGAAACAUUCAAUAACGGCUACAAAGAAUCACUAUCAGGAUCUGGUUGUCCGAUAUGGCCUGGAGAUUUUGAAUUACUAUAUAAGUAUGAAACAUUCAAUAACGGCUACAAAGAAUCACUAUCAGGAUCUGGUUGUCCGAUAUGGCCUGGAGAUUUUGAAUUACUAUAUAAGUAUGAAACAUAUAAUAACAGCUACAAAGAAUCACUAUCAGGAUCUGGUUGUCCGAUAUGGCCUGGAGAUUUUGAAUUACUAUAUAAGUAUGAAACAUUCAAUAACGGCUACAAAGAAUCACUAUCAGGAUCUGGUUGUCCGAUAUGGCCUGGAGAUUUUGAAUUACUAUAUAAGUAUGAAACAUUCAAUAACGGCUACAAAGAAUCACUAUCAGGAUCUGGUUGUCUGAUAUGGCCUGGAGAUUUUGAAUUACUAUAUAAGUAUGAAACAUAUAAUAACAGCUACAAAGAAUCACUAUCAGGAUCUGGUUGUCCGAUAUGGCCUGGAGAUUUUGAAUUACUAUAUAAGUAUGAAACAUUCAAUAACGGCUACAAAGAAUCACUAUCAGGAUCUGGUUGUCCGAUAUGGCCUGGAGAUUUUGAAUUACUAUAUAAGUAUGAAACAUUCAAUAACGGCUACAAAGAAUCACUAUCAGGAUCUGGUUGUCCGAUAUGGCCUGGAGAUUUUGAAUUACUAUAUAAGUAUGAAACAUAUAAUAACAGCUACAAAGAAUCACUAUCAGGAUCUGGUUGUCCGAUAUGGCCUCGAGAUUUUGAAUUACUACAUAAGUAUGAAACAUAUAAUAACAGCUACAAAGAAUCACUAUCAGGAUCUGGUUGUCCGAUAUGGCCUGGAGAUUUUGAAUUACUAUAUAAGUAUGAAACAUAUAAUAACAGCUACAAAGAAUCACUAUCAGGAUCUGGUUGUCCGAUAUGGCCUGGAGAUUUUGAAUUACUAUAUAAGUAUGAAACAUAUAAUAACAGCUACAAAGAAUCACUAUCAGGAUCUGGUUGUCCGAUAUGGCAUGGAGAUUUUGAAUUACUAUAUAAGUAUGAAACAUUCAAUAACGGCUACAAAGAAUCACUAUCAGGAUCUGGUUGUCCGAUAUGGCCUGGAGAUUUUGAAUUACUAUAUAAGUAUGAAACAUUCAAUAACGGCUACAAAGAAUCACUAUCAGGAUCUGGUUGUCCGAUAUGGCCUGGAGAUUUUGAAUUACUAUAUAAGUAUGAAACAUUCAAUAACGGCUACAAAGAAUCACUAUCAGGAUCUGGUUGUCCGAUAUGGCCUGGAGAUUUUGAAUUACUAUAUAAGUAUGAAACAUUCAAUAACGGCUACAAAGAAUCACUAUCAGGAUCUGGUUGUCCGAUAUGGCCUGGAGAUUUUGAAUUACUAUAUAAGUAUGAAACAUUCAAUAACGGCUACAAAGAAUCACUAUCAGGAUCUGGUUGUCCGAUAUGGCCUGGAGAUUUUGAAUUACUAUAUAAGUAUGAAACAUAUAAUAACAGCUACAAAGAAUCACUAUCAGGAUCUGGUUGUCCGAUAUGGCCUGGAGAUUUUGAAUUACUAUAUAACUACAAAGAAUCACUAUCAGGAUCUGGUUGUCCGAUAUGGCCUCGAGAUUUUGAAUUACUACAUAAGUAUGAAAUAUAUAAUAACAGCUACAAAGAAUCACUAUCAGGAUCUGGUUGUCCGAUAUGGCCUGGAGAUUUUGAAUUACUAUAUAAGUAUGAAACAUAUAAUAACAGCUACAAAGAAUCACUAUCAGGAUCUGGUUGUCCGAUAUGGCAUGGAGAUUUUGAAUUACUAUAUAAGUAUGAAACAUUCAAUAACGGCUACAAAGAAUCACUAUCAGGAUCUGGUUGUCCGAUAUGGCCUGGAGAUUUUGAAUUACUAUAUAAGUAUGAAACAUUCAAUAACGGCUACAAAGAAUCACUAUCAGGAUCUGGUUGUCCGAUAUGGCCUGGAGAUUUUGAAUUACUAUAUAAGUAUGAAACAUAUAAUAACAGCUACAAAGAAUCACUAUCAGGAUCUGGUUGUCCGAUAUGGCCUGGAGAUUUUGAAUUACUAUAUAAGUAUGAAACAUUCAAUAACGGCUACAAAGAAUCACUAUCAGGAUCUGGUUGUCCGAUAUGGCCUGGAGAUUUUGAAUUACUAUAUAAGUAUGAAACAUUCAAUAACGGCUACAAAGAAUCACUAUCAGGAUCUGGUUGUCCGAUAUGGCCUGGAGAUUUUGAAUUACUAUAUAAGUAUGAAACAUUCAAUAACGGCUACAAAGAAUCACUAUCAGGAUCUGGUUGUCCGAUAUGGCCUGGAGAUUUUGAAUUACUAUAUAAGUAUGAAACAUUCAAUAACGGCUACAAAGAAUCACUAUCAGGAUCUGGUUGUCCGAUAUGGCCUGGAGAUUUUGAAUUACUAUAUAAGUAUGAAACAUUCAAUAACGGCUACAAAGAAUCACUAUCAGGAUCUGGUUGUCCGAUAUGGCCUGGAGAUUUUGAAUUACUAUAUAAGUAUGAAACAUUCAAUAACGGCUACAAAGAAUCACUAUCAGGAUCUGGUUGUCCGAUAUGGCCUGGAGAUUUUGAAUUACUAUAUAAGUAUGAAACAUUCAAUAACGGCUACAAAGAAUCACUAUCAGGAUCUGGUUGUCCGAUAUGGCCUGGAGAUUUUGAAUUACUAUAUAACUACAAAGAAUCACUAUCAGGAUCUGGUUGUCCGAUAUGGCCUGGAGAUUUUGAAUUACUAUAUAAGUAUGAAACAUUCAAUAACGGCUACAAAGAAUCACUAUCAGGAUCUGGUUGUCCGAUAUGGCCUGGAGAUUUUGAAUUACUAUAUAAGUAUGAAACAUUCAAUAACGGCUACAAAGAAUCACUAUCAGGAUCUGGUUGUACGAUAUGGCCUGGAGAUUUUGAAUUACUAUAUAAGUAUGAAACAUUCAAUAACGGCUACAAAGAAUCACUAUCAGGAUCUGGUUGUCCGAUAUGGCCUGGAGAUUUUGAAUUACUAUAUAAGUAUGAAACAUAUAAUAACAGCUACAAAGAAUCACUAUCAGGAUCUGGUUGUACGAUAUGGCCUGGAGAUUUUGAAUUACUAUAUAAGUAUGAAACAUUCAAUAACGGCUACAAAGAAUCACUAUCAGGAUCUGGUUGUCCGAUAUGGCCUGGAGAUUUUGAAUUACUAUAUAAGUAUGAAACAUUCAAUAACGGCUACAAAGAAUCACUAUCAGGAUCUGGUUGUCCGAUAUGGCCUGGAGAUUUUGAAUUACUAUAUAAGUAUGAAACAUUCAAUAACGGCUACAAAGAAUCACUAUCAGGAUCUGGUUGUCCGAUAUGGCCUGGAGAUUUUGAAUUACUAUAUAAGUAUGAAACAUAUAAUAACAGCUACAAAGAAUCACUAUCAGGAUCUGGUUGUCCGAUAUGGCCUGGAGAUUUUGAAUUACUAUAUAAGUAUGAAACAUAUAAUAACAGCUACAAAGAAUCACUAUCAGGAUCUGGUUGUCCGAUAUGGCCUGGAGAUUUUGAAUUACUAUAUAAGUAUGAAACAUUCAAUAACGGCUACAAAGAAUCACUAUCAGGAUCUGGUUGUCCGAUAUGGCCUGGAGAUUUUGAAUUACUAUAUAAGUAUGAAACAUAUAAAAACAGCUACAAAGAAUCACUAUCAGGAUCUGGUUGUCCGAUAUGGCCUGGAGAUUUUGAAUUACUAUAUAAGUAUGAAACAUAUAAUAACAGCUACAAAGAAUCACUAUCAGGAUCUGGUUGUCCGAUAUGGCCUGGAGAUUUUGAAUUACUAUAUAAGUAUGAAACAUUCAAUAACGGCUACAAAGAAUCACUAUCAGGAUCUGGUUGUCCGAUAUGGCCUGGAGAUUUUGAAUUACUAUAUAAGUAUGAAACAUAUAAUAACAGCUACAAAGAAUCACUAUCAGGAUCUGGUUGUCCGAUAUGGCCUGGAGAUUUUGAAUUACUAUAUAAGUAUGAAACAUUCAAUAACGGCAACAAAGAAUCACUAUCAGGAUCUGGUUGUCCGAUAUGGCCUGGAGAUUUUGAAUUACUAUAUAACUACAAAGAAUCACUAUCAGGAUCUGGUUGUCCGAUAUGGCCUGGAGAUUUUGAAUUACUAUAUAAGUAUGAAACAUAUAAUAACAGCUACAAAGAAUCACUAUCAGGAUCUGGUUGUCCGAUAUGGCCUGGAGAUUUUGAAUUACUAUAUAAGUAUGAAACAUAUAAUAACAGCUACAAAGAAUCACUAUCAGGAUCUGGUUGUCCGAUAUGGCCUGGAGAUUUUGAAUUACUAUAUAAGUAUGAAACAUAUAAUAACAGCUACAAAGAAUCACUAUCAGGAUCUGGUUGUCCGAUAUGGCCUGGAGAUUUUGAAUUACUAUAUAAGUAUGAAACAUAUAAUAACAGCUACAAAGAAUCACUAUCAGGAUCUGGUUGUCCGAUAUGGCCUGGAGAUUUUGAAUUACUAUAUAAGUAUGAAACAUAUAAUAACAGCUACAAAGAAUCACUAUCAGGAUCUGGUUGUCCGAUAUGGCCUGGAGAUUUUGAAUUACUAUAUAAGUAUGAAACAUUCAAUAACGGCUACAAAGAAUCACUAUCAGGAUCUGGUUGUCCGAUAUGGCCUGGAGAUUUUGAAUUACUAUAUAAGUAUGAAACAUAUAAUAACAGCUACAAAGAAUCACUAUCAGGAUCUGGUUGUCCGAUAUGGCCUGGAGAUUUUGAAUUACUAUAUAAGUAUGAAACAUUCAAUAACGGCUACAAAGAAUCACUAUCAGGAUCUGGUUGUCCGAUAUGGCCUGGAGAUUUUGAAUUACUAUAUAAGUAUGAAACAUUCAAUAACGGCUACAAAGAAUCACUAUCAGGAUCUGGUUGUCCGAUAUGGCCUGGAGAUUUUGAAUUACUAUAUAAGUAUGAAACAUUCAAUAACGGCUACAAAGAAUCACUAUCAGGAUCUGGUUGUCCGAUAUGGCCUGGAGAUUUUGAAUUACUAUAUAAGUAUGAAACAUUCAAUAACGGCUACAAAGAAUCACUAUCAGGAUCUGGUUGUCCGAUAUGGCCUGGAGAUUUUGAAUUACUAUAUAAGUAUGAAACAUAUAAUAACAGCUACAAAGAAUCACUAUCAGGAUCUGGUUGUCCGAUAUGGCCUGGAGAUUUUGAAUUACUAUAUAAGUAUGAAACAUUCAAUAACGGCUACAAAGAAUCACUAUCAGGAUCUGGUUGUCCGAUAUGGCCUGGAGAUUUUGAAUUACUAUAUAAGUAUGAAACAUAUAAUAACAGCUACAAAGAAUCACUAUCAGGAUCUGGUUGUCCGAUAUGGCCUGGAGAUUUUGAAUUACUAUAUAAGUAUGAAACAUAUAAUAACAGCUACAAAGAAUCACUAUCAGGAUCUGGUUGUCCGAUAUGGCCUGGAGAUUUUGAAUUACUAUAUAAGUAUGAAACAUAUAAUAACAGCUACAAAGAAUCACUAUCAGGAUCUGGUUGUCCGAUAUGGCCUGGAGAUUUUGAAUUACUAUAUAAGUAUGAAACAUUCAAUAACGGCUACAAAGAAUCACUAUCAGGAUCUGGUUGUCCGAUAUGGCCUGGAGAUUUUGAAUUACUAUAUAAGUAUAAAACAUAUAAUAACAGCUACAAAGAAUCACUAUCAGGAUCUGGUUGUCCGAUAUGGCCUGGAGAUUUUGAAUUACUAUAUAAGUAUGAAACAUUCAAUAGCGGCUACAAAGACUCACUAUCAGGAUCUGGUUGUCCGAUAUGGCCUGGAGAUUUUGAAUUACUAUAUAAGUAUGAAACAUAUAAUAACAGCUACAAAGAAUCACUAUCAGGAUCUGGUUGUCCGAUAUGGCCUGGAGAUUUUGAAUUACUAUAUAAGUAUGAAACAUUCAAUAACGGCUACAAAGAAUCACUAUCAGGAUCUGGUUGUCCGAUAUGGCCUGGAGAUUUUGAAUUACUAUAUAAGUAUGAAACAUUCAAUAACGGCUACAAAGAAUCACUAUCAGGAUCUGGUUGUCCGAUAUGGCCUGGAGAUUUUGAAUUACUAUAUAAGUAUGAAACAUAUAAUAACAGCUACAAAGAAUCACUAUCAGGAUCUGGUUGUCCGAUAUGGCCUGGAGAUUUUGAAUUACUAUAUAAGUAUGAAACAUUCAAUAACGGCUACAAAGAAUCACUAUCAGGAUCUGGUUGUCCGAUAUGGCCUGGAGAUUUUGAAUUACUAUAUAAGUAUGAAACAUUCAAUAACGGCUACAAAGAAUCACUAUCAGGAUCUGGUUGUCUGAUAUGGCCUGGAGAUUUUGAAUUACUAUAUAAGUAUGAAACAUAUAAUAACAGCUACAAAGAAUCACUAUCAGGAUCUGGUUGUCCGAUAUGGCCUGGAGAUUUUGAAUUACUAUAUAAGUAUGAAACAUUCAAUAACGGCUACAAAGAAUCACUAUCAGGAUCUGGUUGUCCGAUAUGGCCUGGAGAUUUUGAAUUACUAUAUAAGUAUGAAACAUUCAAUAACGGCUACAAAGAAUCACUAUCAGGAUCUGGUUGUCCGAUAUGGCCUGGAGAUUUUGAAUUACUAUAUAAGUAUGAAACAUAUAAUAACAGCUACAAAGAAUCACUAUCAGGAUCUGGUUGUCCGAUAUGGCCUCGAGAUUUUGAAUUACUACAUAAGUAUGAAACAUAUAAUAACAGCUACAAAGAAUCACUAUCAGGAUCUGGUUGUCCGAUAUGGCCUGGAGAUUUUGAAUUACUAUAUAAGUAUGAAACAUAUAAUAACAGCUACAAAGAAUCACUAUCAGGAUCUGGUUGUCCGAUAUGGCCUGGAGAUUUUGAAUUACUAUAUAAGUAUGAAACAUAUAAUAACAGCUACAAAGAAUCACUAUCAGGAUCUGGUUGUCCGAUAUGGCAUGGAGAUUUUGAAUUACUAUAUAAGUAUGAAACAUUCAAUAACGGCUACAAAGAAUCACUAUCAGGAUCUGGUUGUCCGAUAUGGCCUGGAGAUUUUGAAUUACUAUAUAAGUAUGAAACAUUCAAUAACGGCUACAAAGAAUCACUAUCAGGAUCUGGUUGUCCGAUAUGGCCUGGAGAUUUUGAAUUACUAUAUAAGUAUGAAACAUUCAAUAACGGCUACAAAGAAUCACUAUCAGGAUCUGGUUGUCCGAUAUGGCCUGGAGAUUUUGAAUUACUAUAUAAGUAUGAAACAUUCAAUAACGGCUACAAAGAAUCACUAUCAGGAUCUGGUUGUCCGAUAUGGCCUGGAGAUUUUGAAUUACUAUAUAAGUAUGAAACAUUCAAUAACGGCUACAAAGAAUCACUAUCAGGAUCUGGUUGUCCGAUAUGGCCUGGAGAUUUUGAAUUACUAUAUAAGUAUGAAACAUAUAAUAACAGCUACAAAGAAUCACUAUCAGGAUCUGGUUGUCCGAUAUGGCCUGGAGAUUUUGAAUUACUAUAUAACUACAAAGAAUCACUAUCAGGAUCUGGUUGUCCGAUAUGGCCUCGAGAUUUUGAAUUACUACAUAAGUAUGAAAUAUAUAAUAACAGCUACAAAGAAUCACUAUCAGGAUCUGGUUGUCCGAUAUGGCCUGGAGAUUUUGAAUUACUAUAUAAGUAUGAAACAUAUAAUAACAGCUACAAAGAAUCACUAUCAGGAUCUGGUUGUCCGAUAUGGCCUGGAGAUUUUGAAUUACUAUAUAAGUAUGAAACAUUCAAUAACGGCUACAAAGAAUCACUAUCAGGAUCUGGUUGUCUGAUAUGGCCUGGAGAUUUUGAAUUACUAUAUAAGUAUGAAACAUAUAAUAACAGCUACAAAGAAUCACUAUCAGGAUCUGGUUGUCCGAUAUGGCCUGGAGAUUUUGAAUUACUAUAUAAGUAUGAAACAUUCAAUAACGGCUACAAAGAAUCACUAUCAGGAUCUGGUUGUCCGAUAUGGCCUGGAGAUUUUGAAUUACUAUAUAAGUAUGAAACAUAUAAUAACAGCUACAAAGAAUCACUAUCAGGAUCUGGUUGUCCGAUAUGGCCUGGAGAUUUUGAAUUACUAUAUAAGUAUGAAACAUUCAAUAACGGCUACAAAGAAUCACUAUCAGGAUCUGGUUGUCCGAUAUGGCCUGGAGAUUUUGAAUUACUAUAUAAGUAUGAAACAUUCAAUAACGGCUACAAAGAAUCACUAUCAGGAUCUGGUUGUCCAAUAUGGCCUGGAGAUUUUGAAUCACUAUAUAAGUAUGAAACAUAUAAUAACAGCUACAAAGAAUCACUAUCAGGAUCUGGUUGUCCGAUAUGGCCUGGAGAUUUUGAAUUACUAUAUAAGUAUGAAACAUUCAAUAACGGCUACAAAGAAUCACUAUCAGGAUCUGGUUGUCCAAUAUGGCCUGGAGAUUUUGAGUUACUAUAUAAGUAUGAAACAUAUAAUAACAGCUACAAAGAAUCACUAUCAGGAUCUGGUUGUCCGCUAUGGCCUGGAGAUUUUGAAUUACUAUAUAAGUAUGAAACAUAUAAUAACAGCUACAAAGAAUCACUAUCAGGAUCUGGUUGUCCGAUAUGGCCUGGAGAUUUUGAAUUACUAUAUAAGUAUGAAACAUAUAAUAACAGCUACAAAGAAUCACUAUCAGGAUCUGGUUGUCCGAUAUGGCCUGGAGAUUUUGAAUUACUAUAUAAGUAUGAAACAUUCAAUAACGGCUACAAAGAAUCACUAUCAGGAUCUGGUUGUCCGAUAUGGCCUGGAGAUUUUGAAUUACUAUAUAAGUAUGAAACAUAUAAUAACAGCUACAAAGAAUCACUAUCAGGAUCUGGUUGUCCGAUAUGGCCUGGAGAUUUUGAAUUACUAUAUAAGUAUGAAACAUAUAAUAACAGCUACAAAGAAUCACUAUCAGGAUCUGGAUCUGGUUGUCCAAUAUGGCCUGGAGAUUUUGAAUUACUAUAUAAGUAUGAAACAUUCAAUAACGGCUACAAAGAAUCACUAUCAGGAUCUGGUUGUCCGAUAUGGCCUGGAGAUUUUGAAUUACUAUAUAAGUAUGAAACAUUCAAUAACGGCUACAAAGAAUCACUAUCAGGAUCUGGUUGUCCGAUAUGGCCUGGAGAUUUUGAAUUACUAUAUAAGUAUGAAAAAUUCAAUGACGGCUACAAAGAAUCACUAUCAAGAUCUGGUUGUCCGAUAUGGCCUGGAGAUUUUGAAUUACUAUAUAAGUAUGAAACAUAUAAUAACAGCUACAAAGAAUCACUAUCAGGAUCUGGUUGUCCGAUAUGGCCUGGAGAUUUUGAAUUACUAUAUAAGUAUGAAACAUAUAAUAACAGCUACAAAGAAUCACUAUCAGGAUCUGGUUGUCCGAUAUGGCCUGGAGAUUUUGAAUUACUAUAUAAGUAUGAAACAUAUAAUAACAGCUACAAAGAAUCACUAUCAGGAUCUGGUUGUCCGAUAUGGCCUGGAGAUUUUGAAUUACUAUAUAAGUAUGAAACAUUCAAUAACGGCAACAAAGAAUCACUAUCAGGAUCUGGUUGUCCGAUAUGGCCUGGAGAUUUUGAAUUACUAUAUAAGUAUGAAACAUAUAAUAACAGCUACAAAGAAUCACUAUCAGGAUCUGGUUGUCCGAUAUGGCCUGGAGAUUUUGAAUUACUAUAUAAGUAUGAAACAUAUAAUAACAGCUACAAAGAAUCACUAUCAGGAUCUGGUUGUCCGAUAUGGCCUGGAGAUUUUGAAUUACUAUAUAAGUAUGAAACAUAUAAUAACAGCUACAAAGAAUCACUAUCAGGAUCUGGUUGUCCGAAAUGGCCUGGAGAUUUUGAAUUACUAUAUAAGUAUGAAACAUAUAAUAACAGCUACAAAGAAUCACUAUCAGGAUCUGGUUGUCCGAUAUGGCCUGGAGAUUUUGAAUUACUAUAUAAGUAUGAAACAUUCAAUAACGGCUACAAAGAAUCACUAUCAGGAUCUGGUUGUCCGAUAUGGCCUGGAGAUUUUGAAUUACUAUAUAAGUAUGAAACAUAUAAUAACAGCUACAAAGAAUCACUAUCAGGAUCUGGUUGUCCGAUAUGGCCUGGAGAUUUUGAAUUACUAUAUAAGUAUGAAACAUAUAAUAACAGCUACAAAGAAUCACUAUCAGGAUCUGGUUGUCCGAUAGCCUGGAGAUUUUGA